AUGGCGCCCAGAAGAUCUAUUCCUCCUCCUUCGCCUGCUAGAAGUACGAGAAGUGCCCGAAGUAAUAGAGGCGAUGAUGAUUGGGAUGGUGAGAGUAUGACAAGCAAUUCCUUCAAAGUACCCAACUCUCGUAAUAGCAAGAAUGGGAAUACUAGCCUUUCUCUAAGUCUGAAGGAUACCAGUGUAAAUAUCGCUGCUGCUUUCCACGCUGCUCAGACAGGUCAACAUCUACCUAUCCCGAAUGAACAAUCAUUCCAAUCUUUCACCUCUUCAUCUCAUAGAGCCACCUCUUCUGGUACAUCUCAGAAAAGAGCAGGGUCGCAACGAGCGCGGUCGCCCGCAGAACAACUAGCAUCGGCUGCUAGAGCUCUAUCACCUGUGCGAUUCUUCCUUCGCUCGACCGAAGAGGAAAAUGAAACUGGAGAUUUAGAUAAUUCAGGUGGAUUCACAUCUUUUUCCUCUCUCGGUAAUGGAAACGGGUCUGGAAUAGGAAAUCAUUCAGGAGAAAGUUAUGAUUAUGCUCAAGAAGAUGAAUUUGUUAGACAAGCUCAAGCUCAAUCACAGGCGCUAAAAACAAAAACCAAACCUAGAUUAUCAGACUCCAAGAGACGGAAAGGAAAGGCUUUUGCAGAAGAUUUGCCCUAUCGCCCGACUGAAGAUGACGAGAUUUACGAAUCUGAUUCAGGAGGAGAUGGCGAAGGGAUAGUGAGAGGAGGUGCACUGGAUGGAAGAGCAGAUACAAGAGGUAAAAGACAAGAGAAAGGUCAAGGUUAUCUAGGCAUGGGAUUAGGUAUCCAACCCCGUCAUAGGAAAACCGGGAAGCAACUUGGUGAUGGUGAUUAUGCUGAAGGAAGUGAAGGAGAACAACAAGAAGAAGAAGAGCAAGAAGAGCAAGAAGUAUAUGAAAAUCGAUCACAACGUGCUCUUACUCCGGCAAUAGAUUAUUCAAAUGGGUAUAGAAGGUCUCCAACUCCUAUGCAGGUUUUGAACCGUGCGUUGAGUCCUAGACUUGAUAAUCGAAAAUCACCUGCUCCAACUUUCCAUCCUCGCCGCCGAAGACCUAGUUCACUUCGAACGAUCAUUACCAACCUUUUACAUGGCAUGGUGAUGGGUCUGCAAUUCGUAGUGGAACUUAUCACUAAUCUCCUUCGCUCACUCCUUCUUCGUCCGUCCAAGACCAUGUUCGGUUCCGGUAAAGGCUUCCUUCGACAUAUCAAACAAGAUUGGUGGAAAUAUCUGGGUGCAAUCCUCGCCCUCAAUCUGGCAUUACGAGCGUUGGAUGCUCCUUGGAGAUCAAAAGGAGAAUACAGAGCGCCUCGAUCUCCGCCAGGCUCUAUUGACGAAAUCGCCGCGAGACUCACAUCGCUCGAACAAGUGACAGACGACAUAUCGGAGUUGCUGAAGUCACUGAGCAACGGGGAGUCAGACAACAGACAAUCAUCACAUAUUACGCUAGGAAGAAUGGACGAUCUAGAAAAUGCCCUGAUGGUGGAAACCAGACGGGUAGAAGCUCUUCGCGGAGAUGGGGAUAAAGGUGUCAAGUCAUUACAGCAUUCUUUCGAUUCCUUGCGAGCGGAAGUCAAAGGCUUGGUGGAUCGGGUUGGUAGUUCAGAGUCUGCCAUUGCGUUAACGGAAGGCAAAUUCAAGUCAAUGGAUAAUGUGGAUCAAGAAGUACAGCAACUGAAGACUCGUGUAGGGGAGGUAGAGAAGAAAGUGACAGAUGCUUUGGAUGACGGACGACUACGAACAGCGCUAGAAAAGAUACUCCCUGAUGCUUUACCUAUCAAGGUCAACUCCAGAGGUACUGUAGACAUCGAUCCGAGGUUUUGGAGCGAGAUGAAGAAGGUCAUGAUGUCUCGUACGGAUACAGAAGCUUUGGUCAAACAAGCUAUAUCAUCAACCGGUUCGGCCAAAACUGAGAAGGUCGUAGGAAAAGUCGAAAUGGAUGAAGGGAAAGUAAGAGCUUGGGCGGAGGAAGUGUUCGACAAACGAUCAUCAUCAUCGGAAUUCUUGUCCAAAGACAUGUUCCAAAAUAUACUUCACAGUGAACUGCAAUCACUUCGCUCAGAAGUGUCUUCCAUCCGCUUUUCAGCAGCAGCAUCAUCUCCCUCCACCGUUCCACCAGCCAAGCCAAGUGUGACGAUCAAGACGUCGAAGGGCGAUGACCUCACCUCUCUAUUCAACGACCUCAUCGAUGCUGCUCUACUCAAAUAUUCAAAAGACACAUUAGCUAGAACGGAUUAUGCCCUCUUUACAGCAGGCGCAAGAGUGAUACCUCAACUUACUUCUGAUACUUUGGUGCUCUCGACCGCAUCGAAAGUAGGUAAAUUAGUCAUGGGCUCCAAGGAUGUUCAAGGUCGACCUCCAGCAACAGCUUUACAUCCAGAUAUCUCGGUAGGCAGUUGUUGGCCUUUCAAAGGUGAUCAAGGUAGUUUAGGUGUCAUGUUGACCAGAAGGAUCAAGGUGACGGAUCUCACAAUCGAACAUGCCCCCAAAGAAUUGGCUUUGGAUAUGAGCACGGCUCCUAAAGUCAUCCAAGUCAUGGGAGUGGUAGACACCGAAGAAGAUAAGGCUAGAUUGAAUGAGUAUUGGGCUGAUAGAAACGAAUCUGGGACUUCACCAGAUCAUCUACCACUAGGAACAAUAACAUAUGAUCCUCAUUCCAUCUCGCAUAUCCAGACGUUCCCUGUGCCGGAUGACAUCGUGUCGUUAGAUAUCAAAGUUGGUGUAGUCAUUCUCAAAGUAGAUAGUAAUUGGGGUGGCGGUUUCACGUGCUUAUACAGGGUGAGAGUGCAUGGCGAUUCUGAGGACGAUCUAUAA